CGACGUUCGACUCUUCGACAUCAACAUCAGCACCUACCCCGUCCCCUCCCUCCUCACGCAUCUCAGGCGCCCCGAUAGCCCGCAGCUCGAAGUGCUUCUCUGACUUCUGCACGUCUCAAGCACCGCGCGCGAGCUCUCCACCUUCCUCCCUUAUCGUACUCCCUUUCCGUCACCAUGUCCUCAAUCGGCACAGGAUAUGACCUCUCGGUCUCGACAUACUCGCCUGACGGCCGCCUCUUCCAGGUCGAGUACGCCAACAAGGCAGUUGAAGCGGCAGGCGUCGCCAUCGGCCUGCGCUGCAAGGACGGCGUUGUGCUGGCUGUCGAGCGCCUUCUCCACUCCAAGCUGCUCGUGAAGGGCGGAAACCGCCGUAUCCAGUCGGUCGACGAGCACAUCGGGCUCGCAACGGCCGGCCUGCUCGCCGACGGCCGCCAUCUCGGCAGCCGGCUGCGCGACGAGGCCUACAACUUCCGUGACACGUACAACUCGCCAGCUACGGUCCAGAUUCUGUCCGAUCGUCUGUCGGGAUACGUGCAGGCGUACACGUGCUAUGCGUCCGUCCGCCCCUUCGGUGUCUCGAGUUUGAUUGCGGGCGUGGACAAGACCGGGCCGCGUCUCUUCUGCAUCGAGCCUUCGGGAGUCUACUACGGCUACCGCGCGUGCGCUGUGGGCAAGGGCAAGGCGCUGGCCAAGACGGAACUGGAGAAGAUAAUCGCGCGUGAGGCGGAAGGCGCCGAGGCGAUCACCGUCCGCGAGGCAGUCAAGGAGAUUGCGCGAAUCAUCUACCUCGUCCACGACGACAACAAGGACCGCGAGUUCGAGCUGGAGAUGACCUGGGUCGGCCCUGAGACUGGGUACAAGCACGCGGCUGUCCCAGCAGACUUGCUCGCUGAGGCUGAGGCGGCAGCGAAGGCGGCGCUCGAGGAGGGGAUGGAGGAGGACUGAAGAGGUAGAGCGGCUCCCUGUACAGCAAUGCAUGUCUAUACAACAUC